AUGGCGGUCCUAUUCCAAGAUUCCAGCAAAUCGGUGAAGUUGGACGAGGACCAGAUCGCGGAGCUCCGCGAGAUCUUCCGCUCCUUCGACAAGAACGGAGACGGCAGCCUCACCCAGCUCGAGCUCGGCUCGCUCCUUCGGUCGGUCGGGCUCAAGCCCAGCCCCGAGCAGCUCGAGGCACUCACCCAAAGGGUCGACACCAACAACGACCUCGUGGAGUUCUCCGAGUUUGUGGCCCUCGUGGCACCCUUGGUCCUCCCCAGCCCCUACAAGUCUCCCUACUCGGAGGAGCAAUUGAGGUGGAUCUUCAAUCUGUUCGAUUGGGAUCGGGAAUGGACUAUGAACAGUGUGGCUGGGGGGGGGGGGGGCGAGACGAUGAAUAGUGUUCUGGAGGGGAGAGAAAUGAUGGGGCAAAAUUGAGAAAUUUUAAAAAGUGAGGGUCAUUUUGAAAUUUUAAAAAAUUUAGAGUUGAGUUAAAAUAAAAUCACACUGUCAAUCCAAACGGAGCCACGUUUGUUUUCAGGGUUUGAUUUUAAGAUUUUAACUCUAACUUUAACUCUACUCAUUACACAACAAAAAUCACCUUUUCAAAGUAAAAAAUGCAGGCCCCAUACAUAAACCUACAUACAAUUCCAUUAUACUCAACUCAAUUUUUAAUAUUAAAUUUUUUUAACUAUUUAUUACUUUUUAACACUUUUUCUCAUAAUUCAACACCACAAUCAUUCCAACCCAAUUAAAAUCAAAAUCAACCAAUUGAAAUCAAAAUCCAACUCUCCAACCAAACGCAGCAUAAUUUUCUCUUGAUAAUGAUAGGAUGGAUCCUACAUAUAGAGAGACAAAGAUGACAGAAAAAAGAGACCCCACGUUUCGAUUCUGCCAAUAUUCAGGAAAAGCAAUUAAUUGGGGAGAUUUUAGGGUAGAAUCCACAAAAAUAAUUGCACCAAUAAAUUACUAAAAAAUAUAAAUAAAAAUUAAGUAUUUAACUAAAUAUUUAUUAAACUUCUUUGAAAUUUGUAUAAAUUAUUUCGGGAUUUAUGUAAUUUAUUUUGAAUUUGUGUACUUUACUUUCUUUGUUAGCAAUUUAUUAAAAACUUAAGUAAUUUAUUACCAACUGAACAAAUUUACUUUAAA